AUGGAGUUGUCAAACGAAAAGCACGACUUGCUGCCGCUGGCGACGGAGCAGCCGCGCAGCCUAUACGACACGGCGGUGAUGUGCGGCCGCUACCUCGGAAACCGGGCCGCCUCGGUCUCCCGGAGCAUCCGGUCCAGCGGGAGCGCCGCCACCUCGCCGCGCUCCGCAUCACCGAGCCGGAUACCCAACCAUCACCACCAACACCACCACGCCGCCGGCAAACCCUCCCGGGGCGGCCACUCCCCCACGGCCUACCUAUCCGGCAUCCGGGGCGUCGCCGCCGUCAUUGUCUUCAUCUUCCACGCCACCUGGGCACACACGAGCGCCGUCGACGAGGGCUACGGCUACGAAGAGCCGCCACGCAACCGACACAUCCUCCAGCUCCCCUUCCUACGCAUCGUCCACGCCGGCCACGCCAUGGUCGGGCUCUUCUUCCUCAUCGGCGGCUACGUCAACGCCGCUAAGCCGCUGCGCCUCAUCCGCGCCGGCCGCCACGCGGAGCUCGUCCCCGCCGUCGCCGGCGGCCUCCUCCGCCGCGCGCCCCGACUCUACCUCCCCGCCCUCGCCGCCAUGCUCACCACCGCCCUCCUCACCUACGCAGGCGCCUUUGAGCCCGCCCGCGCCAACCUGGACGCCAACCCCGAAGGCGUGUUCUACUGGCCGGACUUCCACCCGGGGCGGCAGGAGACGCUGGCGGGGACGCUGGCGGACUGGCGGGCGCAGGCGUGGCAGCUGUGCAACCCCUGGCGGCAGCCGUUCUGGACGCACUACGACCCGCACCUGUGGACGGUGACGCUCGAGUUUCGCGCGUCGCUGGUGGUGUCGCUGGCGCUGGCCGGGGUCGCGUGUUGUCGGGUGGGCGCGCGGAUGGCGCUGCUGGCGGGGGUGACGCUGUUCAUGGCGCGCUGCGAUCGGUGGGAGGUGGCGCUGUUCCUGACCGGCGCGGUGCUGGCGGAGCUGGAUCUGAUGCGCAAGGAAGCCGCGACACCGACCCUGGGCCUUGGCCUCGACGACGACCAACACCCCCGGGGGCGGCGGUGGGGGCGGCGGCGGCGGCCGACGCGUGCCCUCGGGGUGGCGCUGCUGGCGAUUGCCGGGCUGUACUUGAUGUCGUUCCCGCCGAACCACGGCGCGGAGACGCCCGGCUUCGCGCCGGUCGCGCGGUGGCUGGUCCCCGCGUGGACGGACGACCCGAAGCGGUACGUGCACGGCGUGGGCGCGACGCUCUUCCUGGUCGCGGCGGGGAGCAGCCCGACGGCGCUGCAGCGGCCGUUCCUGGCGCCGGCGGCGCAGUACCUGGGCAAGGUCAGCUACGCGCUGUACGUGGUGCACGGGCCGGUGCUGCACGCGGUCGGGUAUGUGGUGACGCCGGCGGUGCUGGCGGCCACGGGCGGCGUCGGGCCGGAGGGCACGGAGGCGCGCUGGGCGGCCGGGAUGGUGCUGGCGACGGCGGUCAACUUUGCCGUGUCGCUGGGCGUGGCGGAUCUGUUUUAUAGGGUUGUCGAUGUGGGCAGCGUGAGGCUGGCAGUGGCUUUUCAGAAACUGUGCACGCAGAGCGGGUAUUAG